CUUACGGUUAGGUAACGGCAAUCAAACAUGGCCGACUAACAUGGAUGAAAAUGACCUGCCGGUGUCUAGCUCCUUCUAUGACCUUGUCCACAGAUAGGGCAUUUGAUGACCUUGAGGCCAGUGCGGUGUUUCAAUCUGCACAUAGCCAUUUGUGCCAUUUGUGCCGCGAUCCUCUAUCUCUGUCGAAAUAAGUAAUUGUCGUUUCUUCGCAGUUUUCGUACAGAAUUUAGGUUGUUCCGUUAAAUUUGCAGAAUGAUAAUCAUCACCAAGUACUUUCAUAAAAGUUUGGGUAAAUGUCUGGUGCUUUUUAUGGUUCACUAGUGUUAUGAUCCAUAGAUCAUAGGGUGAGAUUAAGCUAUAGCAGCUAUUUUAGCCUUUGACCUUAGACAGCCAGUUGAAGCUGCAGAUGUUAAAACUUUCUACCUUCACCUUUACAUUUGCUUCGCGAGUUCCAGAAAGACUGUAUUUCGGCUACUGAGAAUUAUGAUUCAUUCAUGGUAACUAAAAUAUGCAUAUGUGUGUAGAACUUGAUAAGUUGACCCGCCUUUAAGUAGGAUUGUGAAUUCCAGGCUGCUAUGGCUUAGAGUUACGAAUUAUAGAACACUUUGAUCGGUAAUGGUAAAGAAUAGACACCAAGGCAAAAUGGUCUUGAAUCAACCAGUAAUAUGGCUCGGCAUUACAUAUGAAUGUUGUCCAUAAUCUUCGUUGCAAGUUUCAACCAAAUGUUUUUACACCAAUAAUAAAACGGCUAAUCCUCCUAGGCACUACCAUUCAUACGCUCGAGUAGAAAGGUUAGUCGAAACUAUCAUCAUUCGACUAUAUUCAUCGUUAAGUCAAUCAUACAUCUAAAUUAGUGGGUCCUCUAAUUGGAACUCAUACAAAUUCUAUUAAAGGAUUCUGGGUCCAUCUAAAAAACAGUUUUAUAAAAGUAAAUGGCUCCCGAUAUGAUAUACACCCAAUUGGACCAGUGUAUUAUUUUGUGCUACGGUGAAAAAUGUCUAUUAUCUCGGGAUGUUGAUAAUCAGGAAUUAACGACGUUGUAGAUUUAGUUCAUAGUUAUCCUCAAAGGUGCAUGGGUAUUCACUGCUUAUGGUCUACACACCAGGAGACUCAUUAAAAGUGAUCGCAUGAAGUUGCACUUUCUCUUUAAAUCGGUAGAGUGUGAUUUCACUUUAUCAAGUUAAAACAAGUGAUUCUUUGAAGUAUCUUCGUAGCAGAUUUGUCAUUAAGCUGCACAAUCAUAUAUAUAUACAUAUAUAUACGAUUGUACAGCUAGCUGGAUGAAAAUUUGCUAAAAAGAAACUGUUCUCUGAAUCAAUCCUUUUGAUUUUCUAUGAGUGCUAAUCGAAAUUUUCUACGACUUUUAAUGUAGAACAAGGUGUAGUAGGUUUAGAUGAUAACGUCUCCAUAGUUAAAAUAAUUAGCGACAGCCUGUGAAACAAUUUAGCAUAUCGUUUAUGGUGUGAUAAUUGAUAUGAUUAUGAACUAUAAAUUACCUUCGAAACGUCAUCCAGUAAAUAAUACUGGUUCACUGCAUGAUAUGACUAGUAAUUACCGUACAUGUUUUUCACUUCUGUAAAUGCGAGCGUUUUUCAUCAAAAUUUGGAUUGUGACAAAAUUUGUGCUUGUAUUUUCGUCAUUUUCGUUUUUGAUAAUCUUGUUAACUCUGCAGAUUGCAGGUCAUUAGUUGUAAAUGUGUUUUCGAAGUUGUAAUAUUGCGGUUCAAAAGGUCUAGUCACAUUUUACCGCAGUGAAUUUUGAAAAAUCUUAUUUGAACAGUCUCUACUCUAUUCUUUAAUGACUAUAAAUAUUAGGCAGGUUUUUUAAUCUAAGUGUAUGAUAAUCGUUGUUUGUUAGUCAUCAUAGUGGUUGUUUGAAACUUACAAUGGUCAAAUUUUGGUUUUAUUCUUGGAUGGGUUUUAUGAUGAGUUGCUUUGUCAAGAUAGAUUCUUACUAUGGUUUCUAGCUAAAACUUUGAAACUAGAUGAUUUUGCGAAAUCCAGUGGUAUAUGGUAUGCUUGAUAGUCAGUCACCUAUUGUCUAUAGCUUGAAGAUACUAGCUGGCUGCACAAACUUCAGUAGGUAUAUUGGGAUUCGUAGUAGCUAGUGAAAUGAGUUAUCGAAGUAUCAAACGUUAGCUGACUGAGGUGGUUGGAUAAUUUGUCAUGUCUUAUUGGCUUCCUUCUAAGUAAUAUAGCCAUAGAAUGGUUCAGCGAAAUGCCAUUUACUUAGUAGUUUUAUUCAAAAAGUCUUUAAGUGUGACUUUUUCAAAGUGUUAAGAAGAAAUGAGUUUACAUCUAAGACCUUACGGUUAAAAAUGGAUGGCAAUGGACCGUUUUGCAUCUUCAUGCUGAAAAUCAGGCGGUCAAAUAUCAAAUUCAUUAACUACAAUUUCCUAGGUUACAAAAUUCUUCGCAAUAUGUACUUUUCUGCUAUUGCUGAUGUCAUAUAUUGGAAUACUUAAGAGGUAUUUGCGGUGAUUGAGAAAUAUCUUAAUUAAAUGUUAUUUUACUCUAUCUUCUUAUCUUAUUAUUCAUCUCAAAUGUUAAAUUAAAGUACAAAUUUCUUUUGUUUUAUCUUUCUCAGCAUACGGACAAUCCUGUUCUUCUAAUCAUUGACUAUGGACCAUUUCCUUGUUGGGAAAGCACUUUCAGCACGUUCUGAUAGCCACUGUGGAACAAAGUUGGAGAAAUGUAAACGAAAGCGUUUGUUUGAACCAGUUUCAUUGCAUGAAUUGGAAAAUGCUUAUACCCAAUAUCUGUCAAGUUUGUCUCAAGAGUUUGCUCGUGCUCCAGCUCGUCUGUCCAGCGGUGUUAUUGAUGGUGAUUUUAUUCGCCUUAGCAAAAUCUGUGGAAAGUAUUUCCGUAUAAUGGGUUUCUCCUUUAAUGGGUCCUCGUAUCUUUAUCCAGAAGAAGCUUUACUUCUAAUAGAAAGUAAUAAGAUACAAGUAUACGAUGGUGAUUUACCACUUAGCGUUCAACAACUUUACGAUCAACUCCUCAGUGGUGAAACAUACUUACACUAUCUUGUUUACUCUCGGUUAUCACGAUUAAAUUUCAGCCUUCGGAGAAGAGUAAAGUGUAAUGCAUUGACAGUUUAUCGUAACCUAAAAGACAGAUUGUUUAAAAUCCCUCAAUCGAUAAACAUUCUCAGUACAACUGAACAACUCUGCGACACAGUUGUAAGCAAGACAAAGCAGCCCGAAGGCUUCCAAUCUCUUGUUGAUAGGAAUGAAAUACAUUCAAUCGCUGACCUUAUGACUUGUCUACAGAAGAUUGUACUAUCGGAAAAUGCUGAUUCAAAUCAAUCAAAACGUGGUUUAAACCUACUCUAUGAUGUAUAUGGAAAUAAUCAUGCAGAGAAAGAACGAAUCAUAAAUUUCUCCAAACGUUCCCCCGCUCACCCUGACUAUGUUUUGUCAGUCGUGUCUCCGCAACAAGUGUAUCCAUGUGUUGAAGCGGACAGUUUAAUUAAAGCUGGUCUAAUGCCUGAUACAUCUGUUAUUGUGGCCAUGGUGGAUGGAUGUGAUAUUUCUUUUUACAUGUCAAGUCAUUUUGAAAUCCCAAACCUCAAUUUUGUGCUGACUCAUUAA